AUGCCUGCAGGUACUCACCGACGAAAAGAGCAGGCAGUGGAUCCCAAGUGUACUUUUACUGAUAAACUUCCUACUGGCGAUGUUUCUGUCACAGAGAGCUUCGCCCGAGUGAUCCACGGCUUGACAGUGGGGCACCUGACAGACCAUGUCAUUCAGAGGAGCAAGAGGAUGAUUCUGGACACUCUGGGCGUCGGGUUCCUGGGAACCGGCACGGAAGUGUUUCACAAAGCCACUGAAUACAGUAAAAUCUACAGUUCCCACGUGUCCAGCACUGUUUGGGGCCGGCCAGCCUUCAGGCUCCCACCGACAUAUGCUGCUUUUGUUAACGGCGUGGCUAUUCACUCGAUGGAUUUUGAUGACACGUGGCAUCCUGCCACCCACCCUUCCGGAGCUGUCCUUCCUGUCCUCAUGGCUUUAUCAGAAGCCCUACCUCCAAGUCCAAAGUUGUCUGGCCUUGACCUACUGCUUGCUUUCAAUGUUGGGAUUGAAGUACAAGGCCGAUUGCUGGAUUUCUCCAAGGAAGCCAAUGACAUACCAAAAAGAUUCCAUCCCCCCUCAGUGGUAGGAACUUUGGGCAGUGCUGCUGCUGCAUCCAAGAUUUUAGGGCUCAGCGUGACAGAGUGCCAAGAGGCCUUGGCUAUUGCUGUUUCUCAUGCUGGGGCACCCAUGGCAAAUGCUGCCACUCAGACCAAACCUCUUCACAUGGGCAAUGCUGCUAGGCAUGGGAUAGAAGCUGUUUUCCUGGCAAUGCUGGGUCUCCAAGGAAACAAGCAGGUCUUGGACAUGCAGAUGGGAUUUGGGGCCUUCUAUGCCAACUAUUCCCCCAAAGUCCUUCCAAACCUAGAUUCUUACACUUGGCUCCUGGAGCAGCAGGAUGUGGCUUUGAAGAGGUUCCCCGCACAUUUAGCCACCCACUGGGUGGCAGACGCAGCUGCCUCCGUGAGAAAGCACCUUGUAACAGACAGAGCCAUGCUCCCCAUUGACCACAUUGAGAGAAUUGUGCUCAGAAUUCCAGAUGUCCAGUAUGUAAACCGGCCCUUUCCAGGCUCAGAACAUGAAGCCCGUCACUCCUUCCAGUAUGUGGCCUGUGCCACGCUGCUCGACGGUGGCAUCACUGUCCCAUCAUUCCACAAAUGCCAGAUCCACAGGCCACAGGUGAGAGAGCUGCUUUGCAAGGUGGAGCUGGAGCACCCUCAGGACAACCUGCCAAACUUCAAUACAUUAUACUGCGAGAUAAGUGUCACCCUCAAGGACGGAGCCACCUUCACAGAGCGCUCUGAUACCUUCUAUGGUCACUGGAGGAAGCCACUGAGUCAGAAGGACCUUCAGGCCAAGUUCAGAGCCAAUGCCUCCGGGACGAUGCCCUGUGACACAGUAGAAAGGCUUAUAGAGACAGUGGACAACCUGGAAAGGCUCGAGGACUGUUCUGUGUUGACUGCACUUCUGAAAGGACCCUCUCCACCGGAGGCAGUUCCACAGUCUGUCAAGCAUUUAUCAGUUUCAUAA